AUGGCGAGCACAUCGGAACCUGCCUCUUCGCCAGAAAUCGAAAGCGAGCAACUAAUUCGUCAUACUUCCAAACGAAGAACUCUCAACCCUGAACGAUCCGCGCAGAUCGGGGAGUCAAGUAGACCGGCCUCCGAAGUCCCACCACACCUGGUUCGCUGUUCAACGGGAGCUUCAUCUUCACAGGUGAACCCAACCUUGCCAUCAUCAGUUCGUCACGAAGGGGUGAAUACCGAACUGACUCCGGAAGUACUUUCACAAGAAGAAGAUCGGUUCGUACCCCUAGGAUUUUCGAUCGAAGAUAUCGAUCCCUUGUAUGACCAUGAAGGACGAAUUGGAGGCAAAAAGAGUUCGAGUUCGACCCAAACUGUGAACGACAUGCUGAACUCGUGUGGUUUAUUUAACAGCAACGUCACAAUUUUGAUUCCGCGAGAGGACCAACGCCCCUGGAACCCCCCGGAAGGGUAUAUAUGCUUGUACGAGGGUUACUUUACCGAGUGUCGCCUCCUGUUCCCAAUCCCAGAAUUGAUAUCACUUUACGCCCAAAGACGGAGGAUAGCAAUCUGCCAGUUCGUAGCCGGAGCCAUUUGUAACUUUAUGGCCGCCCUUACCGUAGCAGCCGAAGUCGGAGUCAACAUUGGAAAUAAAUGUUUUGAACAACUAUCCAGUUUUAAGUUAUCAAAGAGUCUGCACCGCUGGGAAGUGAAUAUGAGGCCGGCACACAAUUUCCUUGCCGGUAAAAAAGUGAACAAAUUCAAGAAGUAUGUGGACCACUACUUCUACGUCUGUGUCGACCAGUACUCACUCGCUAAUCCGUUGGAUUUUCAGCGGAAAGUGUGGAAUGAAAAUCCUGAUCGUCCGUUUUGUGCAACGCGCCUAGCUCCAAACUAUCUCCCUGUCAGAGACGCUUUGCUAACCGGGAACAAUCGUCGGUGGGAGUUUAUCACUCGUAUCCCUAUCGAAACAGCAAUGGGCAAAGCUAGGACAAAUUUUCCAAGUUUCGCCAGUUCGCUAGGACGAUCUACUGGAUGCCGUGUCGUGGAACCCAAAGAUCUCCAGAUUGUUCGCCGAGACACUCAAGCUGCCAUUGAAGCCGAGAUCGGUCCAUCCCAGGGUCUAACCGAAGUUGAUCCUACCCCGGACCAGACCGUCGCCGACCCUAUUCAGACACCAGGAGAAGAUGUCGAGCCAUCAAAUGUUGCAGAGGGAGAUACCCUUCCUUUGGCUUUAGAGAACGCCGAUCCUCCAAACGAAGAACAAGACGUUCCUCAACUUGAAGCUGGAUCUAAAAGGAGGAAGAAGAAGAAGAAGAACAAGGACAAACAAAUCAGAGACGAGCCAGCCACCGAUGCGCGACCAUUACCGAAUCGCAAGCGCUCGGCCGAAGAAGCCGGACUGGAGUCUGCCGAUCGAUUUCGCCUGGAAAGGAAAGAUGAUAAGACAAAUCACUUCGCCUAUUACUAUUUUGGCAACUAUCCCUUGGUGACCAAUCGCGAGGCUUCGGGCGAGCUUUUCCGGACCCUGAAGACUUCCAGCCGAAUCCUUCCGUCAGCGGACGAAUUGGAAUUCAAACAAGCAUUCCUCGACGUCGCUGAAUCGCACUUAAUGACUGCCGCCAAGAUGAAUACGCUGACUCAGUUGUAUGAUAGGCGAGUCAAAACCAAUAAGGGGUCCGAGCUUGAACUCAAAAAGGUGAAAGAAUGCGCAGAAGAGAUCCGAGUCGCCAGCAGAGCAAAGGACGAGAGAAUCAAGGAGCUUGAAGCUCUUAUCGCCGAAAAAGAUGGCAUCAUUGCGAACUCCGAACUGAGGAUUAGUGAACUGAACUCCCGAACGCUUACUCUCGAAGAAGAGAAAGUCGAACUGCAGGAGUCAUGCGAUGGGUUGCAGGUCCAGCUCAAUUUCGAAGUUAAAAGACUUCGGUGGGACCGUUGGGAGAAGGUGGAGCGAACAGCGAAGAAAGCGCAGACCCGAUUAGACAAGGUCAAGGCCUAUCUAGUCGAACAGGCGAAGGUUCGCCCCCUGGAAGAUCUGCUGAACCAAGCCACCGGAGUACAGGAAGCUGUACAAUAUCUGAUUGAGAAUGGGGCCGUCAUUCCUGAGGAGCGAAUCAAGGAGAUUGACGAGAAAAAGGCCGAAGCCGAGGAUACUAUCAAGGUGAUCGAUGUCCUCGAGCUGAAUGAAAAUGACCUCGGCAUGUCCCCGGAUCAGCUCGGUGAUGGAUUUCCUCCCCCCGAAACGACGGCUCUCGAGUCCGUUGAACAUCCAUUUGGCUUGAACGCCGAGAGUUUUCAAGCAGAUCUGACCGGCGCCUUACUCAAGGCGAAAAGAAAAAGGACUACUGAUCUGCUUGACGAAUCUGAACAGAAGGCCAGAGCAUUGGAGACUCAUUCCGAGGAUUGGGAAAAGACUGGGUUGCAACUGCUAUGGCCAAUGCCGAAACGACUCAAGACGAGCAUUCGUGAGAUUGUUGCGAAUGGCGCACCAGUUUGGAAUUAG